AUUUCAAUUAGUUGAGAAAUGGCAGAGGCUUUCGUUCAAGUAGUUCUUGAAAAGCUGAGCUCAUUGAUCGAAGGUGAGAUUGGUUUGAUUAUGAGUGUGGACGAAGAGAUGAAUAAGCUCUUCAGCACACUCACCACCGUUCAAUCCGUGCUCGAAGAUGCCGAGAUGAAGCAACUUGAAAGCAGAGCCAUACAGAACUGGCUACUGAAGCUCAACGAUCUUACCUAUGAGAUUGAUGACAUCCUGGAUGAGUGUGCUACGGAAGUCUCUAUAUCGAAGCAUAAAAACAGCAAAUUAAGUCGCUAUAGCUUGAAGAAAAUUCUCUUCCGACGCAAAAUUGGAAGAAGGAUGAAGCAGGUCACUGAGAAACUUGACGCGGUUGCUGCAGAGCGUGCAAAGUUCCAUUUGCGUGAGAUGGCUGUAGAGAGGCCUAUCAAAUUUGAUGCCACGCGUGAGACUGGUUCCGUUUUGAAUGAGUCGCGUCACAUUUAUGGCAGAGAAGAAGAUGCACGGAAGAUUGUGGAUAUCCUGGUCAACCAAGUCAAUGAUAAUGAAGAAAUCUUCGUGUUGCCCGUAGUUGGCGUUGGAGGCCUUGGCAAGACCACUCUUGCUCAAUUAGUCUACAACGAUCCACGGGUCGUUGAACAUUUCGACAAACUA